CAUUUUUAAAACAUUGAGAAAGGCGAUGAAUGAUUCAUCAAAAUGGGUUGGAUAAGGCUGAAGAACAUUUAAAAAAUUCACCUGUUUGUGAAUCUUCACAAGUCAACUCCGCCAUUAUUUCUAGCUCUCGCCGACGCUUUACGCCAAUUCCCCACACCUGCUCGCUUUCAUCGCCUAAUUUUCUUCCAAAUCAGGCUGCUCCAAUUCCCACUUUUUCCUCUUUUUUUUGAUUUAUUUGAUCCAACUUCGAUUCCCUCCCCUGUAAUCGACCAUCUCUGUUCCCAAAUCUCUCUCAGUAAUUUCAUCGAACACUUUGUGGGCAUUCCAAAUGAGCACCAAAGCGCACAAUCGGAGCAAAUUUAUGCGAUUCGUUACUCUACCCAUCAGAGCUCUUGGUAAGGCCAAGGAUUUGUAUGUACGAAGCAUCAUGGAUUGUGCUCCGAGAGUUAGCCAUGGCUACCCAUCUGGCCAAAUGCCCGUCUUGCCCAAGAGUUACAGCUCGCGAUCCUGCAGAUCCAAUGAAACCGAUGAUUUCAGGGAGCUUGUUAAGGCCGCUUCUGUUAGAAGUAUGGACAUUAAAGAUGUCGACGCCGAUGUUGUUUAUCCACAGAGGGUGAGACAGUCCAAUGGGCUGCCUAAGAGUUGCAGCGUUGGAAUGGGUAGGAUCGAUGAAGAUAGUGCUUGCGAGUUUGAAGAUGGCGUGGAGGAGAAGGGUGAUUUGGUUUAUCCAAGGAGUAGAAGCUACGCUGUGACGAGUACAAAAUCUGGGGCUUGAUUUUCGUUGCCUUUGGUUCGGAGAAUUGUUCCUGAAAUUUAUGAAUAAUUUGGAAACGAAGAGGAGGGAUUUCCGUU